UGUAUUUGUGAUCAAAAUAGGGAAAAGUAAAAGUAGUUUUAGUAGAUAACAUGUAUAUACAUACAUACAUACAUGUACAUACCCAAAUACUGAUCGCAUUCGGUUUUGGCCUUUGGCUUUGGACGGUAUAUAAGUGAGGAAAAGCCCCAAGGAUUUCCACCAUCCGCAUCAUCAACCUUUCUUGCCGAUUGGAUCUUUCAAGAUUCCAAAGAAUCAAACUGUUUUUUUCUUUCUUUUCCCAUUUCUCCUAAAUCCGCUGCUCUCAAACAGUAUUCAACUCCAAUACGUACACAGCUUCUCUAUUUCUCUGUCGCCGCCGUCUCCGAUUCUCCACGUUCUCAUCAUGCGCUCUUUGGCGCCAAUGAUAUGAGCAUCUACGAUUGUCAGCCACCAAUGUGCCUCAAAAGGAUCCGGAAGACGCUCGUCUCCCCCGCCGCCGCUGAUAUGCCGCCGGAAAGGACUUCUACGGCCGACAUUAACGACGAAGAGAAUCUCUUUGUGCCGCCGCUUAACUUCUCUAUGGUCGAUUAUGGAAUAUUCCGGUCCGGCUUCCCCGACACUGCUAAUUUUCCGUUCCUGAAAACCCUAGGCCUCCGAUCGAUCAUAUAUUUGUGUCCGGAGCCGUAUCCUGAAGUAAAUUUGCAGUUCCUUAAUGCGAAUGGCAUUCGUCUUUUUCAGUUCGGGGUCGAAGGAUCUAAGGAGCCAUUUGUAAACAUCCCAGAUGAUUUAGUUUGUCGUGCAUUAGAAGUAUUACUAGAUGAAAGAAACCGUCCCCUCCUAAUUCACUGCAAGCGGGGAAAGCACCGGACUGGUUGUGUUGUGGGAUGCUUUAGGAAAUGGCAAAAUUGGUGCCUGGCUUCAAUUUUUGAUGAGUACCUGAGAUUUGCAGCUGAUAAGGCUAGAGUUUCAGACCAGAGAUUCAUGGAGUUGUUUGACGUUUCUGGCAUAAAGCAGAUCCCAUCGCAGGAUUCAUAUUUGAAGAGUUGAAGCUUGUGAUGCUCUCCAGGGAUGGAAAAGUUAAAAAUAGGGAAAAGCAGC